UUCAAACGUCACACUGAAGGGCGUGAUAAAGCCUAGUAGUGUCCACGAUAAGUUCUCACGUUGCUGAGUAAACCUGAAAAUAAAUUAGCACAAAAUAAUGGCAACAUAGCCAUCAUGAACAAAAAAUUAGUUAAGGAGCUUAGUGCCUACUUUUCCUGCGUCUUUUCGCUUUCCCGGGUACACUAACUAGGAUCUUUCGUCUGGGUUUCUUUUCUCUACCCUUGAGAUUCUGUUAAUGGAAAGAAGGGUGCGCAACAGCAUGGACUGUGCGCCCUGAGCGAUUUUAUACUCUAUACAUGCGAACGGAUGUGAAUCAACAGAACGCGUAACAAGAAGGAUGCUGUGGCCGUAAACACGGAUUUUUGCGCCUAGAGAAAACCGCAACAAUGAAUAAAUAAAUACGGCGGUUGUAAAACGCGCAGCGGACAGGCUGAUCGCCCAGUCGUGACCACGUUAACGCGGGGGACUACGCAUGUAAGAUUUGUUUCAUGGCAUUUCAAGCCAGUGCAUCAAAUAUCAGCCGCAUAGGCGCUUUUAUAAUGCGGGCGUGAGGAACAUAUUGGAUUAAAAAGGCUGUGGGGCUUAAAGUGCAACGGUGGGCCAGUUAACUGCUCUCCGACAACAUCUUUAGUUCCGGGGGUGUGUGCGACACUAGGGCACUGGCAUGUCGAACCGAAAGCACCGGGACAACCAGGAGAUAUGCGCCCGAAAGGUCCGAGAGCUCGCCCAGACGGGGGUGAACAAGCAUUGCUUUGAGUGCAAUCAGCCCGGGGUGACUUACAUCGAUAUCACAGUGGGCUGCUUCGUAUGCACAUCAUGCUCUGGAAUGCUGAGAGGACUAAAUCCACCCCACAGAGUUAAGUCCAUUUCCAUGACAACCUUCUCCCAACAGGAAGUGGAGUUUUUGCAAAACCAUGGCAACGAGGUUGGAAGGAGAACUUGGCUCUGCAUAUUUGACCCAAAAACAGACGGCUGUUUUGAUGCACAUGACACACAGAAGCUAAAAGAGUUCCUCCAGGAAAAAUAUGAGAGAAAGAAAUGGCAUUUUUCUAAAAGCAAGAUUCGCAGGGAUGCAGAGGCUCCAUGGGGUUCAGGUGUUCAGGCUGUUCCUGCUUCACAUGGGCCUGCUCAAAAUCAGCCUCCAUCUGGACAUUCUUAUAAUCCCACAAUCCGGCCCACUCGAACACUGUCCCAGACUCAACUAUCAGUAUGGGACAGAGCUCCUGCUGUGUCUCCAGCUGAUAGCCGUACUGAAGUGUUCACUACCAGACCCACCCGCUCUCAAAGCUUCAGAGACCCUCCCAUUAAAGACACCUUGUUGAGUGGAAUGGAGAGACAGAGACCAGGGACCAUUUCUUCAGGAGUUGGACCCCAGAGUCAUCUCUCCUCCUUCCCUGCCCUUCCACGUCCUUCAGCAAGCAGCACUUUCAAAAACAGCUUCACUUUAGGUCGCACUUUGUCUACUGGGGGUGGUGCUCCAUUCAGAUCCUUCCCUAAAUCACUUAGUUUGGAUUUUGGAGGUCUAAGCCACACCCACAACACGCUAAGUACUGCUGCUCCGCCCACUGCCACUCAGGAUAAAUACGCAGCAUUAUCACAGCUUGACAAGGUGUUCUCAGACAACACUCCUAUCACAGCUGUUUCAACAACUCCCUCUGAUGGACCCCCUCAGUAUAGCACCCUUUUUGGUAACCGGCUGUCUUCAAGUUCCACCCCUGCAAGUUCCCCAGGAGUUCCAGAGGCCACCUCUGGAUCUCAAACAUUUGCAAAUUUCCCAAACCCUUUCAGUUCUACAGCCAGUUGCACCCAGCCUGUUCUCUCUCCCAGUAACCCCUUCAAAAGCACAGCCACAGAUGACACCUCCUCCUCAACUGUGUUUCACCAGUCUGUCUCUUUUCCUGCUCCCACCACCCAAAGUGCUUUCUCACACCAACAGUCUAGUAACCAGGAAGCCAAUGGUUUUAACUCGUUUCCUGUGCCUGAGUCCAAGCCCAAAGUCCCACGACCAAUGUCUGUCAACCCUUUUACUGUAAGCAAGAUCUUUACCAGUGUACUAACUCAGGACUGUGUGCUAAAUAACCCUGUGUCUAGGGGAAUGUUUACCCUAGCAGAGGAGCUUCGUUGAACCCCUUCAUCUGAUCCUGAACCAGAGGGGGCUCAACCAGAUAAUAACAACACCCAACACCUGUCUGAUUUUUGACUUUUGAGUUUAUUGUAUAUGUCUGUCUGUCUGUUCAUGUAUGUUCAACGGGGUGGGUGUUUGUUAUCAUAUAUUGUACAUGUUAUUGUUUGUACAAGCUUUGUGUGUGUGUGUGUGCUCUUUUUGUACCAGAUGCUAGAAAAUAAAGCUGUAUAUGCGUGUGUGUUUGUGUGUGUGGGUUUUGCCAAAUAUCGGAAUGUUUUCUGAUAGCAGGAGAAACUCAGGUGAAAAGUUGUUUAUUAGAACUAUUAUCAAUUAAACACACACACAAGCCACUGCUUUAACUUUCAGUUACUGCCAAAUGAUAGAGCUCCUUGUGCCAACAUUUCCCUAAUCGCCUGAGUGUCUUACUUCAGCAAACAAUGAGGUUGACAUAACAAAAACAGUAGCAUAUUUAAGCUUUGGAUUAUGUCAGUAAUGCAUUUUUGCUAAUUUGGUUUUUAUGAUCCAGUUGCAUGUUAAUGAGACGGCAUAAAUGACGUAGACGUUCCCUCACUUAUCUGUCUGUGUAUCUAUGCCGGGUUUAUUUCUAUUUAUUUUGACGUUGAUGUUUUUCUUUACAUGUUUUUAAUGUAAUUGUGUGUGUAUUGUCGGACUGCAUGCGCUUCACAAGAGCGGGAAGCUGCUGAAUGUACUGCAAUUUCAGUUAUUAUGAGGGAUAAGUGUAUGGACCAAAAACUGUCUAAUACUGUCAUGCAUCCUGUAUAAUGUAGAGAUUGUUUAUUUGAAAACGGAUUAUAUAGAAUGGUCUUGUAUUGAGCUGUAUCCAUAUACAUAAAGCUAACUGUUGUGUCAA